AUGGAUCUAAGGAAGGCUGCUGCUCUAUGUCUGGGGCUGUGGAGUGCCUGGCUCUGGGCAGAGCAUAGCCCUCAGGCAGCUGUAUUGCUAUCUUCUCCACACAGGAUGGCAAGGACAGGAGCGCUUAGGAGGGCACCACUUGGCACUAUGUCUAGGGACUCCCAGCAUCAUAUAACAUCAAGGAAGGAACCUUCCAAAAAGGGCACUGUGGUCCCUCAUGAGUACAUGCUGUCCCUGUACAAAAGGUUAUCCAGUAUUGAGCACCAGGGGAUAAACUUGCACCUAACUUCCAACAAGACUGGAGCUAACACCAUCACCAGCUUUGUAGACCAAGGACAAGAUGAUGUUCCUACACAGACUUCAGAACAGAUAUUCUUGUUUGAUAUCAACACUUUGACUGGGAUGGAUGAAAUAAUUGCAGCUGAACUUCGAAUUUUAAGAAAAGGUUCUGUAAAUAUAAGUGCCGUUGUUUCUAAAGUUGGCACGUUGUUGCACCUUCAGCUUUACACCUGCCCUACCAGCUGGCAAGAGCCCCAGCUUAUAGACUCUAAAUCUACCGAUUUGGGAACCUCAAUUUCCAAGUGGGAGGUAUUUAAUGUUUGGAAAGCUAUGGAGAACAAAAGGUAUCUGAUUACAGGUGACAAGUUGUGUUUCAUGCUGAAGGUUACUGCUGAUAAUAUAGUAACUACUUUGCAACCAGUGCAAAUAGGAUUCAGUAGACAAGGUCAACCACCCCAUGAAAAAGCUUUGCUGGUGGUCUCUUCUCAUUCCAAGAAAAGGGAAAACCUGUUUAAAGAGAUUAAGGAACAGAUUAAAUCCAUGGGAAACCAUAAAUUGCUGGAGCCACCUGACUCAGGUCAACAGAGUAUCACAAAGAGAAGAAGGAAAAGGACAACACUGCCAACAAGAGCCAACAAUGGCAGAGGGCAUGGGAAGAAGUCCAAAACUAGGUGCAGUAAGAAGCCUCUGCAUGUCAAUUUUAAAGAGCUGGGUUGGGAUGACUGGAUAAUUGCUCCUCUGGAUUAUGAGGCAUAUCACUGUGAGGGAGUUUGUGAUUUCCCUUUGAGGUCUCACCUGGAACCUACCAACCAUGCCAUCAUCCAGACCCUGAUGAAUUCCAUGGACCCAGAAUCCACCCCACCCAGCUGCUGUGUCCCAUCAAAACUUAGUCCCAUCAGUAUUCUGUACAUAGACUCUGGCAAUAAUGUGGUUUACAAACAAUAUGAGGACAUGGUUGUAGAAAGCUGUGGCUGCAGGUAG